AUGGAACAAGCAUUCGAGUGUGGUUCUGAUAAUCUACAACCUUUUUGUGGCAUUGUUUUAUUUGCAAUGGCAACCACAUUUUUAGGAGUAGAGAGUAGUUUUGGGAUUGGUGGGGUUUGUGGUUGUUUAAUUAGUAAAGUACAAAGAGUACAAAGUGCCUUUAAAAAGCUUGUUGACUUGAUUAAAGAUAAUGCAGAAUCCAAGGUGAUCAGUCAAAUCGAAAAUGAAGUUAAUGAAGAACUACGCGAAAUGCAUGAUGUGGAUAUUAUAGAACUUGAAUUACCAGAAAUAAAGGCCAAGGGCAAGAAACGUGAUAAAAUUUUUGAAGUGAUCCAUGAUAUUUUUAAUGCUGAAAUUGUUGACAAUAAAUUGUUCAUCAAGUUUAAUGGUGGGAUUAAAGCAGAAAUACAUUAUAAGUUGACGAGUUCACUUAACCAACAACUCCCACCAACUUGGUGGACUCAAAUUGAUACAAUAUGUGUGGUUAACGGUAAUCAGUAUCGACCUGAUGUGGGCGGUUGGAAUCCUAAACCAGCACGUAAUCAAAGGCUUAACCCUAUAAUUAAUCUAUGUCCACCACCGUUGCUGUGGAUUGAGGUGACCUAUGACAAUUCUGGGGAUCGUGAUAAUGCCAUGAAUAAAUUUGCAUGUGUUCAACCCUAUUGCCUGACCACAGAAUUUGUAAUAAUUGUUGUUCCAGCUACUGAAACUGCCUUUCCAGCAAAUCCAAAUCCAGGUGUCGCUUCAAUGGUGGGAACACCCAAAAUGGCUCAUCCUUCUCAUGCUCCAUAUCUCGGCCAUUGGCCUGUGGGCAAUACAGCCAAGUUGCGGUUUUCUGUACAUGCAGGAAUUGCUUUAUCCUCAACUGAUCCUGCAUUAUUUUACAGAGAUAAAAAUGGUAAUAGGCAUAAAGAACAUAAUGAAAUUAUUUCAAAUAUGGAAAGGCAAUAUUCAAGUUUUUUUAGUAGAAAUGGCAAACAUUCGCUGACUAAUGGAUUGACACCAUUAAAAGAUACUGGUUUGCAAAAUAUUUCUGGAACAGUGGCAGCUUUCGGCGAUUUUAACUCGGAUAAAUUUACUGAUUUAGUUGUUUUAGAUUUUAGUCAAACAUCAAUCAAAUCAUUCAACUUUACUAAGGCAAACUCGUCAGAUAUAGAAAUAUCAGAUGAUCAACCAAAUAAAUUUUUGAUUACAAAUGUAAUACCGGGAGAUUAUAAUUAUGAUGGAAAUUUGGAUCUAUUGUUGAUGGGACAAACUAAUCCAUCAAGUGUGUUUAGAAAAAAUGAGCCAUUGUAUAUGAGAGUGUAUUUUGGAUACGAUAAUGCUACAUUCAAUUCUAAAUACAUUGAGCUUGAUGCAUCAUAUUCACAACAUCCAAUAACAUUUGAUUUUAAUGGUGAUAUGAAAACUGAUUUACUCGGACAUUAUUUAUCAUCUGCACAAGACAACAAAUUAUAUGUAUGGAAAAAUGUAUAUAAUGAAUCCGCUGGAACAUUAUUUGAAAUAGUUCCACUGUCAACUAACAAUAAAACAAUGCCACAAAAAGGUUGUAGAUUAUCAGAACCACACUCGAAUGCUUUUAUAGAUCUCAAUGGUGAUUGUUUUUCAGAUUUAUUCUUGACAUGCGAGGAGGAGUUCAGAGAAACAUCAUACCAAAUAUGGGUUAAUCAAAAAGAUCAAGGAUAUGUACUUACUAGAUAUGGCGAAUUGCCUACAGAUGCAGGACCCAUUACAUUUGCUGAUAUAGCUUACAAUAAACAAAAACCUUUAUGUACGAGUAAAGACCAAAUAAAUUGUCGAAAAAUAUCAAAUUUAUGUGAACCUGAUGAUGACUUUAGAUUUAAUUUAAACGAUGAUCCAGAUAAUGAUGCAUAUAUGGUUAUAGACGUUAAAGAUUUAUUAGAUGGUGGAACAAUUGUUACCAAAGACCGAUCAUUCAAUGGAAUAUUGCCCGUUCCGAUCAGAAUUGGUGAUUACAAUUUAGACGGUUUUCCUGAUCUUCUUGUCAUUAGUGAAAAAAACUCUGAAAGUUUGGUUUCACUUUUACAAUCAACAGCAUGUACACUUGAACUUUGUGAUCCAUUAGCAGUUAAAGCUCAAAGACGUACAUUUUUUAAAGUGGUAGAUGGGGCACAUUCAUUAAAUAAAAUUAAAAAUGCAAAAGCAAGAGAUGUUUACUUGUUAAAUAACGAUUACUUCAAUGAUGCAUUCUUUUUGAAAACUUUAAUGUUAAACGGUGUAUCACAAAAACAGAACUAUGGAGUAAAUCAUCCAGGUUCGGCAUUUAAAUUCACUGUUGUAGAUACAUAUGGAAAUAAAAGAGCAAAUCAAGUUGCCCAGUAUUCUCAAGUUGGAUACCUUUAUUUACAAACACCAUACUCGCUCUUUGGACUUGGCCGUACAAAUAAUUAUGUCGAGGAAUUGUGGUUAUUGGAAUUAUAUAUUCAUCCCGGUGAUUGGAUUCCAUGGGUAUUAAUUACAUUAGUUAUAGCUACCGUAAUUUUAGCAAUUAUUGUUGCAGCAUUACAUUGGAUGGAAAAGAGAGAAGACGAAUUAGAAAAGAAAAAAGCGUCACAUGUUAUAAAUUUUGACGCAUUAUAA